AAGUUCCAGCUCUUUAGCCACAUAAUGCUAAAAUCUAGUUUCAUGCAUUUUGGUGCAUGUUUUAACAGCAGUUAAUGAUAAUGUCAGUGACUCUUAGAAAUCACUAACACCAGAUAAUACACUGCACAUGUUAAUGCUGAAAGUUCAUUCAAUAUAACGCAAGUAUGCUGCACUUAAUGGACUGAUACUGCAGCUGUACUACUUUUAACUUGCAUGCCACACAGAUAAUUGCUGUUAGUUAACUGCAGGUUGGACUUUGACACUGAUCUGUAACUGUGCAGAGAAGCAGAACUGAUAUGGAGCAACACUCAACCCUGCUGUAAGACUUCACAUAGGCCUACAUGCUGCAUAAACUAUAAACUGUCAGAUUCAGAGUAGACGUGCAGUGAAGAGACUCAUCCACUAAAAGAAACAGAAACAUGGCCUCCACCUCUCUGGGAAGACGACUGGUGGCCUGUCUGCUCAACGUUUCCGAGGCUCGCAGGAAAGAUCUGGUGGAGACUGUCGCCAAAGCUGCUUUAUAUGACUCUGCAGGUGUCCGACGAGAGGAAACCACGGUGCUCAACAUCUUCAACGACCACGACUACAACCGCUCUGUCAUCACCAUCGUGUCCCCCAUCGACUCCAUCAGGGAGGCGGUGCUGUCUGCAUGCGAGAAGGCCUGCGGGCUGUUCGACAUGCGCACUCACACCGGGGUUCACCCGUGUAUGGGUGCUGUCGACCUCGUACCCAUCUACCCCCUGGGGGAGGAGGUGGGAGUGGAGGACUGUGCUGAAGAGGCUCGGGCUGUGGCUCAGGGACUUACAGAACGGGUCCGAGGCACCAGUGUCUUCCUGUUCGGAUGGGCAGACUCGCCCCGUCAGAGGGGGCUGGCGCAGAGGAGGAAGGAGAUGGGCUGGUUCAAGAAGACAGCGGACAUGCAGGAGAUCAGGCCCGACGUGGGGCCUCUGCCGCAGAAACGAUUCGGCCUCACAGGUGUCGGGGCCAGUCCGUACGUCAUGAACUGCAACGUCACCAUCGACACUCAGGAUAUCGCCAUGGGACGCAGCAUCGCCGCAGCCAUCAGGGAGUCGACCCCUGGGGGCCUGCCGGGGGUGCAGGUGCUGGCUCUGCCACACGACGGCGCCGUGGAAAUCGCCUGUAAUGUGGAAAGCGUGCAGGGGACUCCACCUAGUCAGAUGACUGCAGGUCAACCGUGGCCGGCUUUUACUAUCGGAGGUCAGCCGUACUAUCACGCUCCAGCUUCUCUCAUCACGGCGAGGGUGUCGGAGCUCGCAGGGAGGCACGGCGUUAGCACGAAGAGCACCGCGCUGGUUGGGUUCACCCCCCAUCAGUGCAGGGGUCUGGCAGAGUUGGCGCUCUCUCAGGGGAUCGCUGAGUACUGGAAAGAGCAGCACAAGAUUCAUAUGUGAACACUGAACCAAAAACCAGCCAUAAUCCAAAUUACUUAUACCUACACGGUUAUUAGUGAUGUCACAUUAAUUAUUACGAGGAUUGACCGUGCCUGAUCUCCUGACCAUUGCAAAGCCUGUCAUCUGCGCAGUUUACAGUAACAAAGGCAGAUUUACUUUAAAUGUAUAUUAAUUUCACAAAGAAGUGUGAAAAAGCAGGUUUCUUGUAUUUAGCUCAUAACCUUUAAAGUACCUACUGUCACUAGCAGACUUUAUCAGUCAUAUAGUCCGUUAACUAACACUAACUCUGUGAGUUGGUUGAUAACUAAGUAAUUUUAAAAUGAAAAACACAGGAUUCAUAUGUGAACACUGAUCCAAAACCAGUGAUGCCACAAACGAAAGUACAUCAAUUAAUUGUGAUGUCAAUUUAAUUAUCAUAAAAACUGAUUGUGCCAAAGCUCAACCACCGUAGUUACCGUUGCUAAGCCAGGUUUUCCAUUCUAGUGUUGCAUUGGUGCAGUUUCCAGUGACAAUGGCAGAUUUACUACUCGAAAUGUAUUGUAAUGUAACAUUAAAGUGUGAAAAAAUGA